UUAUGAAUAAAUCUGGAAGUGACGAUUCCGAAUUUGAAACUUCUUCAAGUUCUGGGCAUUUAUCAUCGCCAACUGAAGAACUCCAUUUUUUAUCUCCAAGAUGGAGUUUUUGGUUACAUAUUGCGGAUCGAAACAGAUCAUGGUCCGACUGCAUGGAACAACAAUGUAUUAUCGGCUCAAUUGAAGAUUUUAUUGCACUCAAGCAUCGCAUUUUACCACCUAGUCAACUUCCUAUACUUGAAAUUUGUUACUACGUUUUCAAAGAGGGCAUUAAACCGAUGUGGGAAGACCCUCAUAAUCAAGGCGGAGGUUCUAUUGAAAUGGUGUUUGGUCGUCAAUAUCAAUACACUCGUUUGGACAAGCUUUGGUUUGAGCUCUUAGAAUUAUUAUUCGCCGGCCAAUUUGACGAGCAUAACAACAAGAUUUGUGGAUUAACAUUUGCAAUGCGUUUUCGUGGCUACACAAUCUCUCUUUGGAUUAAUGAUGUCAGCACUGUUUAUGCUUAUCUCCCCAUACUUGGAGUACUUGAAUCAAAGUUGGGAAUUAGCGGUGACGCAAAUGUGAAUCUUGCUGUCAACAAACAUCCAGUUUCUCAACACGCAGUUUCAGAAGCACUCUAUUCCAAUUCGAUGUCUUCAAUUUGA